AUGGACGUCUUCAAGAAGGGCUUCUCCAUCGCCAAGGAGGGUGUGGUGGGCGCCGUGGAGAAGACCAAGCAGGGGGUGACGGAAGCGGCCGAGAAGACUAAGGAGGGGGUCAUGUAUGUGGGAGCCAAGACCAAGGAGAAUGUUGUGCAGAGCGUGACCUCAGUGGCUGAGAAGACCAAGGAGCAGGCCAACGCUGUGAGUGAGGCCGUGGUCACCAGCGUCAACACAGUGGCCGUCAAGACAGUGGAGGAGGCCGAGAAUAUUGCUAUCACCUCUGGAGUGGUUCGAAAGGAGGACCUGGAGCAACCUGCCCCCCCGCAGGAGGACAAGGAGGACAAGGCAGCCAAAGCGGAAGAGGAAGUGGCUGAGGAGGCCAAGAGUGGAGGAGACUAGAGGGAUGCCAGUUGGCCAUGGAGGCUUCAAGGAAGAGCCUUCUGCCUGGGACCCCACCCCCACCUGGCACGCAGAGU